AUGGCUCUAAAUUCAGCAAGCUUAAGACCCUCCUCUGCGUUAUCAAGAAAAUUCAAGAAUUCUAGUAACUAUGUCUCUAAUCCCAUUAAAUCACUAUCCUUUCUUAAUCCCAUUCCCCUCUUCUCCAAUCUCUCUUUCAAAAAGACUUCACAGUCUUCUUCUUUAUUCACUAAGGCUUCUUCUCCUUCCACUACCAUAACCGAUACCCAGGAACUCAAGAUUUUCUCUGUGCCGACAAAGCCGAUUGAGGGUCAAAAGACUGGUACCAGUGGUCUUAGAAAGAAGGUUAAAGUGUUCAUGCAAGAAAAUUACCUCGGCAAUUGGAUUCAGGCAUUAUUUAAUUCAUUGCCUCCGGAGGAUUAUAUGAAUGGAGUGUUGGUUUUAGGAGGUGAUGGUCGGUAUUUUAACCUGGAGGCGGCGCAGAUAAUAAUCAAAAUUGCUGCGGGGAAUGGUGUUGGUAAAAUCUUAGUUGGCAAGGAUGGCAUUAUGUCUACACCGGCUGUUUCUGCUGUAAUAAGGAAGAGAAAGGCCAAUGGUGGUUUUAUAAUGAGCGCAAGCCACAAUCCCGGUGGUCCUGAAUACGAUUGGGGUAUCAAGUUCAACUACAGCAGUGGACAACCUGCACCCGAAUCAAUAACCGACAAGAUUUAUGGCAAUACACUUUCUAUCUCCGAAAUAAAGAUGGCGGACAUUCCUGAUGUUGAUCUCUCUAAACUUGGAGUUACAAACUAUGGGACUUUUUCAGUAGAUGUUGUUGAUUCAGUGGGUGACUAUGUGGAACUAAUGGAGAACGUGUUUGAUUUUUCACUUAUUAGGAGUCUUCUUUCUCGACCAGAUUUCAGGUUUAUGUUUGAUGCCAUGCAUGCAGUUACUGGUGCAUAUGCAAAACCGAUCUUUGUGGACAAGCUAGGAGCCAACCCAGAUUCUAUUACAAAUGGAGUGCCCUUGGAAGAUUUUGGACACGGUCAUCCAGAUCCUAACCUUACAUAUGCUAAGGAUUUGGUUAACAUAAUGUUUGGCGAGAAUGGACCUGAUGCUGGAGCUGCAAGUGAUGGAGAUGGUGAUAGAAACAUGAUUCUUGGAAGAGGAUUUUUUGUUACUCCUUCAGAUUCUGUUGCAAUUAUUGCAGCCAACGCUCAAGAAGCUAUUCCAUACUUUAAGACCGGUCCAAAGGGAUUAGCUCGAUCCAUGCCAACAAGUGGUGCUUUAGAUCGUGUGGCUGAGAAGUUAAAUCUUCCCUUUUAUGAGGUGCCCACUGGUUGGAAAUUCUUCGGGAAUCUAAUGGAUGCAGGGAAACUGUCAAUUUGUGGGGAAGAAAGUUUUGGAACGGGUUCUGAUCAUAUUCGUGAGAAAGACGGGAUAUGGGCUGUUUUAGCUUGGCUUUCAAUAAUUGCAUUCCGGAACAAGGACCAAAAACCCGGGGAAAAAUUGAUUUCUAUCUCUGAUGUUGUCAACGAGCACUGGGCUACUUAUGGAAGGAACUUCUUCUCUAGAUAUGACUAUGAGGAAUGUGAAUCAGAAGGAGCAAAUAAAAUGAUCGAAUAUCUUAGAGAUGUAGUUUCUAAGAGCAAGGCAGGCGACAAGUAUGGAAGCUAUGCCCUUCAAUUUGCCGAUGACUUCAACUACACAGAUCCUGUAGAUGGAAGUGUGGUUUCCAAGCAAGGCAUCCGUUUCGUUUUUACUGAUGGAUCAAGAAUCAUAUUUCGAUUAUCGGGUACUGGUUCUGCUGGUGCAACUGUACGCAUCUAUACUGAACAAUUCGAGCCAGAUGUAUCUAAACACAAUAUGGAUGCCCAAACUGCAUUAAAGCCUUUGAUAGAUCUGGCGCUGUCUACAUCGAAGCUGAAGGAAUUUACUGGAAGGGAGGAGCCAACAACAGACGCCUUCCCCGUAAUAAAGAGACUGAAGGGUGCCCUUUGCCUCAUAUGA